AUGGCUCCCAAAACUGGAAAAACUAAACCGCACAAGGUCAAGGGAGAGAAGAAGAAAAAGGAAGAGAAAGUGUUGCCAACCGUCAUUGAAAUUACAGUCGAAACACCGGACGAAUCGCAGGUUACUCUCAAGGGCAUAUCCACGGAUAGGAUCCUAGACGUAAGAAAGCUUUUGGCUGUACAUAUCGAGACUUGCCAUUUGACCCAUUUUUCCUUAUCUCACGAGGUGCGGGGCGCGAGACUGAAAGACACGGUGGAAAUCGUUUCCCUGAAACCCUGCCAUCUAACCAUCGUCCAAGAAGACUACACAGAAGAGCUCGCCAUCGCGCACAUUCGGCGACUCCUUGACAUUGUGGCUUGCGCCACCUCCUUUGCCGCCUCCACCUCAAAACCCCCUGCUGGCAAGUCUAAAGACCCCACCGAUUUGGGUUCAGAAAAUGGAUUGGAAACAAGCCCGAAACCCAAACUCGUGGAUCCGAAUUCGGACUUGGGCAAUGCCAAAACCGACAAAGUGGACGGUGACAUCUCCAUGUGUCCACCUCCCAGACUCGGACAGUUCUACGAUUUCUUUUCGUUUUCGCACCUUACGCCACCAUUUCAAUGUUAG